AUGUUUCUGCGGAAAUUGAAACAAUACAUACAAGCCAUUCUACACUGCAUAGCCCGAAUACUGGGAUUACGAUGCUGUCAAAAUGAUGAAAAGGAUGCUCGAUCACGUUCAUUUAACCAACAACGACAAUCGCCACCCACGCCACCACCUCAUUUACCACCUACACCACCACCCCAUAAUAACCAUACAGCACCAUCAACACCUGAACCACCACCACACGAUGAUGAUGGAUCCAGUAACAGCUUUAGUGAUGGUCCUGCCACUUGCGGAUGUGGUCGGCCCUUACAACGAGGCUGGGAUUGUCCUUAUUGCCGACGCAACUGCUCGGUGUGUGGGCGGGCUUUAGGAGUGGAUGAAGAUUGUGAUCGAUGUACCCGAGCAUGA